AUGACAAUAAUGGUCAGCUUUGAUUUCCUAAAUUGUUUAAUCUUUGCUCUCAUAUUCCUCGUCCCAACUCUAUGUUACUUUGUAUUCUUCUUCACAAAACCAAACAAUGGAUUUGAUAUGCCUCCAAGUGCUCCUUCUCUUCCCAUCAUUGGUCACCUUCAUCUUCUCCUCCUUGAUUCCAUCCACAAAUGUUUUCAAAAAAUAUCAUCCAAAUAUGGACCUAUUCUCCAUCUUCACAUUUUCCAUGUCCCCAUAGUUCUUGUCUCUUCUGCCUCAGCGGCUUACGAGAUCUUCAAGUCACACGACACGAAUGUCUCUUAUCGCGGUGAUAUUGCUAUCGAUGAAUGCAUUGUGUUUGGAUCUUCUGGAUAUUUUAGAGCUCCAUGUGGAGAUUACUGGAAGUUCAUGAGGAAACUCAUCAUGGCUAGGGCUCUCGGACCCCAAGCCCUAGAUAGAUCACGUGGCGUUCGCGCAUUCGAACUAGAAAGGUUCCACAAAAAUUUGCUUGAUAAGGCAAUGAAAAAAGAAACUGUUAAGAUCGGUGAAGAAGCAAGAAUACUCGUUAACAACACACUCGGCAAAAUGAGCUUGGGAAGUAGUUUUUCAGUAGAGAACAAUGAUGGCAAAAAAGUUUCAGAAUUUUCUAUCCAGUUAGCUGAUCUGUCUCACAUGUUUUGUGUAGCACAAAUAUUUCAUAAGCCGCUUGAAAAGCUAGGGAUCUCUCUUUUAAAAACACAGAUAAUGGAGGUUUCAAAUAGAUUCGAGGAGCUACUUGAAAAGAUUCUUGUGAACUACGAAAACAACGUGGACAAGCAUCAAGGUACUGAGUUCAUGGAUGCAUUGUUGGCAGCUUACCAAGACGAAAACACAGAGUAUAAGAUCACUAGAAACCAUAUCAAGGCAUUAUUAGCGGAGCUUUUCUUUGGAGCUGGUGAGUCCUCUUCUUCGACAACACGGUGGGCAAUGGCAGAAAUCCUCAGUAACCCUCAGAUCCUUGAGAGAUUGAGAGAAGAAAUCGAUUCCAUAGUGGGAAAAACAAGGUUGAUUCAAGAAAGUGAUCUACCAAAACUUCCUUACUUGCAAGCAGUUGUAAAAGAAUCACUAAGAUUGCAUCCAGUGGGAGCAGUCUUACCAAGGGAAUUUACACAAGACUGUACGAUAGGAGGGUUCUACAUACAUGAGGGAACAUCACUUGUCAUCAAUGCUUAUGCUGUGAUGAGAGAUCCUAAUAUUUGGGAAGAUCCCAAUGAGUUUAAACCGGAAAGGUUUUUAAAUUCUUCUAUAUUAGGGAAAGAGGAGGAGAGAAAAGAGCAAGCACUGAAGUUCCUUCCUUUUGGAGGUGGAAGGAGAGGGUGUCCAGGGUUACAUCUUGGUUAUACUUUGGUAGAAACCACUAUUGGAGUGAUGGUGCAGUGUUUUGACUGGGAGAUCAAAGGAGAUAAGAUCAACAUAGAAGAAGGUUCCGGAUUAAAAUUCUUCUUGGAUUUGGCUCAUCCCCUUGAAUGCACUCCUUUGCUUAGAACCAUAAACCAUUAA